GGAAAUACAUAUUAAAAAUAAGUUAGUGGUAUAACUUGUGUUGAGUGACCCUGAAGACUGGGUAGACAUGACUGUGGAAAUGACUUAAAACCUCAAAUGAACAUGACUCGUGAAGUCAGUGAUAUUGCAGUGACUGAGGGACACCACCUGUGAUGACUCUACUGCUGGACAAACUCAAGGUUCUUCCUGACUAUAAUGUCGAGGAAAUACUCAAAGAGGAGUUUCCUAGAUGUGAAGGCCAUUGUUACCUUGAUCAUGCAGCUGCAGCAUUAUACAGCAACAGCCAAAUAAAAAAAGUAUCAGAUGAGCUUCAGUCAUCGCUGUUUGGUAAUCCCCACUCUCGCCACUUCCCUAGUGACUCCUCUACACAGAUAAUAGAGUCUGUCCGCCAAAGAAUCUUAGAGCAUUUCAAUACGACACCAAAUGAAUAUGAUUUGAUCUUUACCUCUGGUGCUACUGAAGCAAUGAAGAUUGUUGCAGACAGUUUUCAGUGGAACAGUAGUUCAGAAAUAUUGCACAGAAGGAGCAAUGGUGCUGUGUCAGAAGAAAAAGCAGUUAAAAAAAAUAGCCAGAAAGCCCAGGAUAUCGAAGACAUGCAGCAUGAAUGGAAGAGUUUGAGGGAGACCGAAAUGACAGAGGCACAUUGUGGGGCAUUUGUAUAUGCAAGAGAGAACCACACCUCAGUGCUUGGUAUGAGAGGCUUGGCCCACUGGGCAGGUGCUAGUGUAUACUCUCUCCAAAUCAAAGAGCUACACAAUAUAUUUGAAGAAAAAUCUUGUACUGUUUUGAAAGAUUCCAAUUUUGACAUGGAUACUUUUGGCUGUGCAAAUGCUAAAGAAAAGAUAUCCCAAGGCAAUUCUCAUCAGAGAGGUGUUACAAGAACAAAUUCAGAGAUGUGUUCUGGAAGAAAAAACUGUCUCUUUGCCUACAGUGCUCAAUGUAACUUUUCAGGAACAAAGGCACCUUUGGAGUGGAUUGAGAAGGUUCAUAAAGGAGCUUUGAACAGGCUAUUAAAAACCUCUCCAAUAAAUAAAGAUGCAAGGACAGAAUUUAAAAAUGAUCCACACUGGUAUGUACUGCUGGAUGCUGCUAGUUUAGUAGCAACCUGCCACCUUGAUCUCUCCAUGUGGAAACCAGACUUCAUCCCUGUAUCCUUCUACAAAAUUUUUGGAUACCCGACUGGAUUAGGAUGCUUGAUGGUGAGAAAACGAGCAUGGGAGGUGUUGAAAAAGCAAUAUUUUGGUGGGGGCACUGUGCUUAUGGUGGACUCCAGGGAAAUGCAACUUGUCCCACGACCAUCACUUCAUGACAGAUUUGAAGAUGGAACACUUCCUUAUCUGAGUAUUGUAGCUAUCAGGCAUGGUCUUGACACCAUCAUGAAACUUACAGGGGGAUUGGAGAAGAUCAGUCAUCAUGUGUUCCACUUGGCAAGAUACACACACCAUGCCCUGAGAAGCUACAGACAUGCUAAUGGCUCCCCAGUUGCUCAGUUAUACUGUGAAGAGCAGCACUGGGAUGUCAAGACACACGGAUCCAUUGUCAACUUUAAUUUGUUAAAUUCAGAUGGCUCCCAUAUUGGAUAUGCCCAGGUUGAAAGAGUUGCUUCUUUAUACAAUAUAUAUUUACGAGUUGGGUGCCUGUGCAAUCCAGGAGCUUGCCAGACUUACCUUGAUAUCUCGCGGGAAAAGCUGUUGCAUCAUUUUGAGGAAGGACAUGUUUGUGGGGAUGCCCGGGAUUUGGUGGAUGGGCUACCAACAGGCUCAGUGCGUGUCAGUUUUGGCUACACAAGCUCAUAUAGGGAUGCUGAUCUACUCCUGAAAAUGGUGCGGGAGUGUUUUGUUGAAGGUCCUCUUGUUAUAGAUUUGUCAUGGAUGGAAAAGAGUGCUGUGUCUUUGAACUCUGAACAGGAUGAAGCCAUUGUUCAGCUUAACUUGCAUAACAGAGGGCCAGUUGUUGAAACAAGUGACUGCCUAACAGGGAUUAAAAAAUGUGAUACUAUGUCUAAUGCUUACACAGUCAGUAGCAGCAAACAUUAUAGCAAAAACAAGCAAAUAUCAAUGAAAGACUUUAAACUUGUAUCAAAAUACAACUUUGUACAAUCUGAAGAUACCCUGUAUAAUUAUGUGGGAGACUCGGAUUCAUCUGUUAGAAGAGAACCAUGCAGUAAGAGACCUUUAAGACUCUUCCUUACAGAUAUUAUCAUCUUCCCCGUCAAAUCAUGUAGUGGUAUUUCACUGAAAAGAUGGAUCAUUGACCAAGAGGGUCUGAAAUAUGAUCGUCGAUGGAUGGUGGUAACUAGCUCUGGCAUGACGCUGACACAGAAGAGACUUCCACGCAUGAAUCUCAUUAAACCUUGCCUUGAUCUCCAGGCUGGGACACUUAUCCUCACAUAUGAAGGUGAAAAGGAUAUUAUUGUGCCUCUGGAACCCUCAGUAUCCACAACAAGUGACUUGUCUUUGUGUGGAGGUCGUGUGUGUGGUGACCAAUUGAAAGGUCGAGACUGUGGGCCUGAGGUUGGAAUGUGGCUUUCCAAAGUGUUGAGAAUGCCAGACCUGAGGCUUAUGCAACAGAUUACCAGGCGAUCAGGAAAGCUGCAAGCUGAUGUCCACAGACAGUCGGAGAGUUUAUCCCUCGCCAAUGAAUCACAGUAUCUUGUGAUUCAUAGGCCAAGUGUGCGUAAGCUGCUUGAUGAAAUAAAAAAGAAAGGCUUAAUAGCAAUGACUGAAGAUGAACUCGUAAUGCGGUUUCGAGGAAAUCUGGUUAUUGAUGGUGGAAAUCCAUACGAAGAAGAUUCUUGGGCAUCCAUUGUUGUUGGUGAUCUUCAUUUCCAGAUACAGGGUGGAUGUAGACGGUGUCAGAUGGUGUGUGUCGUCCCAGAUACCUGUGAACGCACCAGAGAACCACUUUUAACACUGGUAGCUACCAGAGGUUCAUCUAUGAAGUUUGGUGUCCAUGCCAAAGCUAUCAUUCCAGGGGAAUGCACAGAAAAUGCAGCACUGACUGUGACUGUUGGCAUACCAGUUGAGAGUACUAGCAAUAACGAAGUCCAAAAUUUGUGUUUGUGAUUAUGGCAAGAUAUACUACUGGCAGGUAUGACAAUAAAAACAUUAAAACCAGAGUAGGCCACAUUUUACAUUUACUGAUAAUUAGAAGGGGGUGAAGUACAUAGAUUAAACCCUAUUGUCUCCUAUUCCCUAAGGGGACGAUAAAGCCAUAUCCUUGAAUCAAGGUCCUUGCUGGCAUCAAGGCACAUUUGGCAAGUGUAAUUGUUAAAAACAAAAAAAAUAUUACCUGCACUUAGAAUUUU